ACGACGACACGACACAACAAUAAUACUCAUAAUAAUAAUAACAACAUUAUAUUAUUAUUAUUGUUGCGUUCGCGCGCAACCGGAUGGAGGGAAAAGUAACCGCUGAGGGCCGACGAGUCGUCCGUGUGCGCGUGCGAUUACCGCCAGUGACAUCCUAGUACUCCGACGCUAUGCGCCACCGGUUCGUCCUGUCCAUGCUGAUACUGUUGCCGGCCGUCCGGGCCACGGUCGGCGCGAAGAACGGAGGCUCGAUACGACCGAAAAACGAUGACGACUCAUCGAUCAACAGCCUAGAAGAUGUGGACCUCAGUUGCGACGGAGGUAAAUGUGAAUCAGACGUACAAGACGUCUCAGCAGUAGAUUGGACUACCACCAAAAAACCAAAUAUUUUUCAACUCAACAAUAAAUCGUGCCCUGGAUUUGAACUGCCACCAGUUUUUCCUCGGCAACAUUGUGAAUCUGAUAGAGACUGCUGGCCAAGAAUAUGUUGUGGGUACGGUGGACUCAAUGGUCAAAAAUAUUGUCGAAUUCCUUUGCCAAGUUGGCGAAAUGAUUUAUUGAAAACCAUUAUGAAAAGCUUCAGAUCCAGCCGGCCACCGUACCUUCAGUGCAGUCCUCCACCGCCCAAGCGCUACGAUCUGUUCCCGCGGAAGUGCCGGACCACCGUAGACUGUCUGCCCGACCUUUGCUGUCCGGAAACCGGAAGAAACGUCUGCCGGCCACCCAAGAAACUAAUACGGUCAAUCAGGGUCUAGAUUUCCAUCGGAUAGGUGACCUUAGCGUUCGUUUUUACCAACCAUCUGUUCAAACAAUUGAAAUGCGGUCCAGAUAACAUUUAAAAAACUUUUUCGAUUGCUAUAAUAGUAUUAUUUUAACCUACGGAAUAACAUGGUUGUUCUGUGUUAUUGCGUAGUCGUAUAUUUCUAGUCAUUACUCAUUAGUGAAUUACUGUUAAUCGUAGAACCCAUCUAAACACCCGAAAGAAGAAGGGAUUACGCGUAACAACCAAAUUCACACCUAUAUUCAAUUAUUAUUGAAUAUUUGUAUUAUCAUUAUUGUUAUUAUUUAUUAUUAUUAUUAUUAAAUCAUUAUU